UGAAGAACAAGACAGGGCGGCAUUCUUGCCAGUGUCAUUCUCCAAUUACCUUCAACCGGAUUUUUAUGCCUUGCUUGAAACCAUAUGUUUGCCACUGCUCUGGAAAAAAGAGGCAAUGAAAUAAUUCUGUCUGGCGUCCGAUCGUGGUCCCGGUCCACAGAGUUCGAGCCGUUCCUCUCCCCUCCUCUUGUUGCCCCCCUCCCACCACCCCACCCCCAAUCCCACCUACUCCAUGUGGUCCCAGAAGAAGAAGGUGUUGAUGGUCAUGGUCACCCUGGGGCUGGUGGCAGCUCUGAUCCGCUCCUGGACGCCGCGGCCGUACACGUCCGUGGACGUGCGGCCCAAGCAGGAGGCAAAGAUGGAGAAGCUGCUGGGGGACAGACUGCUCCUCUCGGAGCACAAAUACGAUGACAUCCCAUACCGUGUCAAGGAGAGUGUGUUGGGUCUCCUGGCCCAUAACGGCUGUGUGUGUGAGGGGGAGACGAGGAGCAUCAACCUGCCCUACGCCAAUCUGCUGUUCCCUCGGGUGUCGGCGCAGAACCUUCACACGGCCUUUAAGGAGUCAGAGCUGGAGGAGGUGAAACGCCGUCGAGCUCAGGAAUACAACAGUUUCCAGAAGAGGUCCCAGACUGCUGCAGACCUGCUUAUUGUUGCUGAAGCGAACAGCCCUCUGCAGUAUCCCACCCAAGGUGUAGAAGUCCGACCCCUCAAGACCAUCCUGAUACCUGGACUGGCCCUCAUACAGAAGAACAGAGAACGCUAUUCAGUGAAUUUGACAGCAACAAUGGGCAUGUUUGAUAUUGCUGCAUUUGUGGAUGAGGUUACCAUCAAAGGGGAGGGGGAGAUGCAGAUGGCUUUGUCCAGCCGAUACCUCUCAGCCCUGAACAGACAGCUGCAGUUUGUCACCUACACAAACACCCUGUUUCACCCAAACACCGCAGAUACAGUGCAGUUUGCGACUGAUGGACACCAGUCUGUCUUCACUAUUAAGGUCCGUCAUGGUGUCACCCCUAAGCUCUAUAACCCAGGCCCUAAAGGAGAAUACAACAUGAGUGCCCUUGUCACCAUAGCGACAAAGACAUUUUUGCGUUAUGACAAACUUCAGGAUUUGAUUGACAGCAUACGGCAGUUCUACCCGACUAUCACCAUUGUGAUUGCUGAUGACAAUGAGCAUCCCAAGCCAGUGACUGGUCCCUACAUUGAGCAUUACAUAAUGCCAUUUGGAAAGGGAUGGUUUGCUGGGCGUAACCUGGCGGUGUCUCAGGUCACCACCAAGUAUGUGCUGUGGGUGGACGAUGACUUCAUCUUCACUGCCAACACCAAACUGGAGAAGCUGGUGGACAUUCUGGAGAGCACCACCCUGGACCUGGUCGGGGGAGCAGUGAGAGAAGUGACGGGCUACAAGGCCUCUUACCGACAGACCUUCUCUCUGGAUCAGGGUGGGGAGGAGGGGGACUGCCUGCACAUACGCAGGGGCUUCCACCACCCCAUCAAGGGCUACCCCAACUGUGUGGUGGCAGAGGGGGUGGUCAACUUCUUCCUGGCACGUACAGACAAGGUCCAGCAAGUGGGUUUCGACCCUCGACUGGCUCGGGUGGCUCAUCUGGAAUUCUUUAUUGAUGGCCUUGGGAUUCUUCAUGUGGCCUCCUGCGAUGACGUGAUCGUGAACCACGCCUCCAAGAUCAAACUCCCGUGGGGACAGUCCGAGAGUGACAAGGCCUACUACAAGUUCCGCUAUCCAUCCUCUUCCUCGGACACUGUCCAGACCAGGAGCGAGCUGUUCUAUUUCAAGAACCGCUUCCAGUGUCUCACCCACAACUGACCUCCUGUGCCCUCCCGUUCUGUUGCCCCUCCCCCCCCCCCACCUCUCUGCCGUGAGCUGGCCCACACCCACCCUGUGCCUGUGUUGCCAAAGACGUCCAUCACAGUAUGUCCUGGGGAGGGUGGGGAGCCCUGGGGAUUUUUAAAAGGGAAAAAAAAGACCAUUCUAGUGUUCUAGGAGCCUACAGACAAUCUACAGCCGUGUUGAAUUAGUCAUCGAAGGCCCACAUCUUGACCUUAGUGCAGGUCUCACUAACUUGAGAGACAGUGGUGGCACGAGAAAAGACGCUUGAGUGGCGUGCCUCUAUGCCUGGGCAUACCAUGCCCCCUCCUACAGCUUUUGUUUUGUGGUGGUGUGUCCGUGGACAGCUGUGCAGUCCAGGGAGACACCAUUCCCACUGGGCAACUCAGCCAUGACGGCAAGCCCACCCCUCCACAACCGUUACCUGGAGAGAAUUGCUCACGUCACACUCCAACUCACGCCCAUUGCGCCAGUGACCAUAUCGCCCUUCAGCCAUGACAAACACCCCUGGGGUUUGUCAAUUUGGUCACCAAAGCUAUUAGUCACUGUAUUUGCUCCAUGACUGGACGAUGCACAUAACCUUUGAUGAUGGGAAACUUUUAACUAAGAAAAGAGGCGUGCUGACCACUCUCCACCCCUGUCCUUUCCCCCUCGUCCCACCUUCAUGUUCCCUCCCUAGCUUCCAUUUAUUACUUGGAACGUUCCUGUUUGAUUGACGCAUUGAUCGGAUGACAGAUUGAAGGACUGAUUGAUGUUGCAUGACCUGCCUGUGAAUGUGAUGGAGAGCCUGACCCCUCAUGUCUGUCCAUGUGAUACCGCUGCACUGCCUCCAACCAAGAUUCCAGUGACCAAAGUGUCUUUGUACACGCAUAUUAGAACCGAAGGAGAACGAUAGUAGCAUCGACGCACUUUUUAGUCUUAAAAAUAAUGGGUUAUUUUUUGUUCUAGGGUCAACUUGACUGGGGCAUAUAAUAUGGAGUAGUUAUUUAUUUAUUUUUGAUUCGCCAUGAACGUAUUUUAAAUGGAGGUAAUAGUUGUCUCAUGACGGAAUAGCCUUGGCUCAAAAUGUGACCAAAAUGUCAGAGUAUGUAGUGUGAAAUUGAUUUUACUUUGAGUUCAUAGCAAACAUCUGUGUAAUUUGACUAGCGACAAAUUGCAAGAAAUUGAAAGCAUAAAGGCAUGACUUUAAUUCUUAAGUAGUCACAAUCACCUCCAAAUUUAGUGUUUAACUGUAGUGCCAUGACAAAAGUUUAUUUUUGUCCAUGACCCCAUAGCAGGUGCUUCCGGUUUCAUUUCCUCAUUUCAGAGGACCAUGAGGCAUGUUUUUAGCACUUCAGUAUUGUAUAGCACUUCAGUAUAGUGGAAACUGCUUUCAAUUUGUUCAGGAUUUCUUUCUUGGUUGUGCAGUAAGAUGAGCUCUGUCAUAUAUCCAUGUCUUGAUGUUCGCCUUAACUUUCGCAUUUACUCCAGUGUACGUCUCUCUCUCUCUCUCUCUCUCUCUCUCUCUCUCUCUCUCUCUAUCUCUCUCUCUUUCUCUCUCUCUCUCUCCCUCUCUGACUAAACUAGUAUUUACAUGCCUCACUUGCAGUUAACAUCUUCACCACAAGAUGGCAGUCACACACCAGGACUAAAUGGCCACAUACCACUUCACAGCUUUCCAUCACAUCUCUCCUGAUUCAGUGGGACUGAAUUGGGAUGAUGGGGUAACAAAUGUUGGUCAUGGUGGUGUUGUUGAAUAUACGACACAGACUCCUGUGUAAAAAUGUCGAGAUGUGACUGACAUGCAGGUGUGGAGGUCUCAGGCCAGGUGCCAGUGAUGGGGUAGAUGUGAGCUUAACGGGCGACAGACUGAUUGCUUUUCGGCAAGGCUGCAUCCAUCCUAAUGAAAAGGGACCUGUAAUGUUUUUUUUGUCUUACUCUUGAUUUUUAAUUUCAGUCAUUUUGACAAAGACCUUUCUAGAGAGAUGUGUAAAUCUUUGUACCUUGUCUUUGCGGCAAUCUGCACUCCAGAACUGUACAUAAAAGACAAGGUCUUUGACUUUACUGCAAAUAGUAUUGUUGUUUUCAAUACUGUUGAAACAAACUGUUUUCAUUAAUAUUUCAUUAUGGAUCAACACAAUUGGGAAAUCGUGGUGAUUUUUUAAACUAUAUAUAUAAACUGGUAAACUGAAUUUAUAUUUGGAAUUUACCAAGUGCCUAUGCAGGAAAGUGCAACAACUGUUACUUUGGCUUGUGUGGAAUUCAUAGUCUGCAUAGAGAUAACUCUUUUUUGCAAUAGUGGACUAUUUUCUAUUUUGAUUUAUUGCGUUAAUUCUCAUUGUUGUUGUUGAUGUUGUACAUAUCAGACCUAUAUGUACCCGUAUGCCCAGUGUCAAACACUCCCUUGUAUCAUUUUGGCAGUGUGUGCUUCGGAGGCUUUUUGCAUGGUUCACCUCUUCUAUUCAUGAAAAGUGUUUCUCUUGCACAUGCUUCGUACUGUUUAACGGCUGCUUUUGAGUCUCUCGUUUGGCUGCUCUGUCACACAUCAAACUUUGUGUUUUUGAUUUUUUUUCAUGAAUAGGGUCCUGCCUUAUAUUCGCUUAAAAGAGGCGAAUGUUGGCAUGGCUUGACUCAGAUGGUCCUUAUAGGGAUUAGGGAGGCGUUGGCUGCUUGCGUUCUAGGGCGAGAGACUGACUUGGGGAAGGAUAUCUGCAGGAUGCUGUAGACUGAAGCGUUUGGCCGGUCUUGUGUACCACUCCCUAAUUGGUAUGGGCUACUUUUCACCAUGCCAAUUAGUAAAGCACUCCUUGAGCUUUAAAAGCGAAUGCCCUGAGGAGGUAGUGUCUAGAGGUUUCUUUUGAAAUACACACUGGAUGAUAAGGAGAACAUAUGGGUAUCCAACAUCAAGCAGGAAAAUAAUUAAUUUGGGUGCUUGUUUUAUGGCCUGCUUUUGAACUCGGAGUUGAUUUUUAUCAGGUCAAGGUAACGGUGGUGGUGGAACAGGAAGUGAAGGAGGAACAGCAGAGGGCAGUGUGUGUCAGCGUGACGCCAUGUCUCCAUCACUGCAGCGCAGGACCGACUCCACCGGUCACCUUCAGCUGCUUGCUGUCACUUUCACUCUCAAACAGAACACAUGCUCGUGGUUUUUCUCAGCAUGUGCUUCACCGUCAGUGUUUACACAGACUCUUCUCCUCACCUUGUUCUCCAUGGCUUGAAUUAUUUCUGUUCACCAAUCAAAGUGCUGCUGAGAACCGGGAAGAGACUUAAGCAGUGUAAUCUAUGACAUGUAUCCACAAUGCCAAAAUGGACAUAUUAUUAGUAAGGAUGAGAAUAUCCCCCUUGUCAUCAAGGUGUAUUUUAAAUUAAUCUGAUGUUGAUGUCUUUUGCAGGGAUUAUAACACUGUAUUGUCACUCACUAUGUAUAGCUACUGUCUUUCUACAUCUGACCAGAGCAAUGUAAAAUGUGUUUUUAUUUCAAACUGUGUGUGUGGGGGUGCAUUUGGGGUAUUAUGGUGGGGAAUGGGGUAUGAGGGAAGCGCCGCAUGUAUUACUUGCACUGAAUUUUUAGGAUGACCUUGAGCCAUAUGCACUGUGCUCUGGAAGCUUAUUUUUAGUUAGUGAUGCCAAAUCUUUUUUUAAGAAAUGCUGCAUUGUCUGUGUCUUCAUGAUAACG